AUGCGACUGUUGGAGACUAUCGAUGGGCACACGUUCAACCUGACCAAGGACUACCCUAACGAUGAUGCGGUUCCCGCGUACGCUAUACUUUCGCAUACUUGGGGAGACCAAGAGGUGACCUUCGACGACUUGGUCAAUGACAACAAAAAUGGAUAUAGUAGGAUACGUGCCUCAUUACGCCGACUGCGACCACAUUCUCGUAAAGUGGGCUACGACAAGAUUCGUUUUUGUGCACAACAGGCAAAGCGGGAUGGCUUGCGCUACUUUUGGGUGGAUACCUGUUGUAUCGACAAGAGGAAUCUCACCGAGUUACAAAGGGCCAUCAAUUCCAUGUUCCGCUGGUACCGAGAUGCGAAAAAGUGUUACGUCUACCUAUCGGACGUCUCUAAUGCUGAUCAGACAGAAGGCAACGAAACUUCAGCUUGGUUGUCGGCCUUUGUCAGCAGUCGAUGGUUCACUCGAGGCUGGACUCUCCAAGAGCUGCUCGCUCCAUCCGUGGUGGAGUUCUUCUCUAAAGAAGGUGUGUACUUGGGUGACCGUCUUGAGCUUCAGCAACAUAUUCACGACAUUACCAAAAUCCCGUUGUUAGCUUUAUCAGGAGCUUCCCUGGUCGAGUUCAGUAUCGAAGAAAAAUUCUCUUGGGUAGAAGGACGUCAAACCACCUGUCAAGAGGACAAAGCAUACUCGAUGUUGGGCAUUUUCGGCAUUUUUUUGCCUCUCCUAUAUGGCGAAGGAUACGAGAAAGCUCUUCAACGACUCCAGGGAGAGAUUGCAGAGUCUCAGGGAGGUGCCAUUGGCCCAGGUGCCAAAAUGAAGCGCAUGCCAUUGUCCACUGUUCCAUUCAAACGCGAUAGCGACUUCGUCACUCGUGACAGUCUUGACGCAAUACGUCGGUUGUGCGCAAAGCCUGCGGCUCGUGCAGCCCUUGUUGGUCUUGGUGGCGUGGGGAAAUCCCAAAUCGCUGUGGAGUAUGCCUAUCAGGUUCAAGAACAGUCGCCUCCGCCAUGGAUAUUUUGGGUUCAUGCCGGAACACAGGCGAGGUUCAGAGAAGGAUACCGCACGAUCGCAGAAGCAAUCAAAAUGGACGGGUGGAACAACCCAAAAGUAGACCACAUGCGGCUUGUACGCACUUGGUUGUGCGACGAAUCGAACGGACGAUGGGUGAUGGUGCUCGAUAACGCAGAUGACGUGAGCGUCUUCUUCCACGACAUAGCACAAAGCCGUGUGGCCCAAAGUUCUGAUGCACUAUGGACGGAGCCACUUGUCAAUUUCCUACCGCAGAAGUCUCUCGGCUCGAUCCUUGUUACUUCCCGCAGCUACGAUGUUGCGUACAGACUCACGGGCACCGAGACCAGCAUUAUCAAGGUCGGAUCGAUGAACGAAAAAGACGCGUUCGCCCUUCUUCAGAAGAAGUUCGACGGAACUAUUGAGAAGGAUGAAGCGACCGUAUUGAUAAAUGCUCUCGAGUUUAUGCCGCUUGCUCUUACUCAAGCGGCUGCCUUCAUCAACUGCAGAAAACCGCGCAUGAGUAUCUCUAGAUACGUAAAGGAGUUCCGUAGGAGCGAUCGCAACCGAGCAUACUUACUGGAACAAAAUAUGGGUGACAACCGUAGGGAUGGCGAAGCAUUAAACUCAAUCAUCGCAACAUGGCAAAUCUCGUUCGAACAUAUCCGCAAGCAGACACCCUCAGCCGCUCGAUUGUUGUCGUUGAUGAGCUUCUUUGACCGGCAGAGUAUACCUGAAUCACUUCUUCAGGAUAGAUACGAAGGGGAAAGCAACAAAAUCGUCAGAUUCGAAGACGACAUCUACACAUUGAUGAGCUUCUCUUUCGUUAAACAAAGUACAGACGGAGGUAAUUUUGAUAUGCACAGGUUGGUGCAGUUAUCUAUGAAGAAAUGGCUAGAGCUGUGCGAUGAGCUUGAGUACUGGAAGGAAAUCUAUGUGGCACUCAUGAACGAAAAUUAUCCAACAGGUCAGCUGGAGGACUGGUCCGUCUGUCAGACGUUACUCCCACAUGCACAGACUGCUCUAAAAAAUCUCCCAGUCGGCGCGGACGCGUUGGAAUUAUGGGCGUCGUUGUCGUCGAAUGUGGGCUGGUAUAUGGGUGGGAUGGGUGAGUACGAAAAAGCCCACAAGCUGAUACUUGAAUCCUUCGAGGUCCGGGAAAUUCUACUCGGGCCUGAGGACCCAGAAACUAUUGACAGUCUUAACAGACUUGGCUUGACGCUGAAACAGCUAGGCAGAUAUGACGAAGCAACAGUUGUACUUAUGAAAGCGCUCAAAGCGCACGAACAGAUACGUGGUACAAACCAUUUGAACACACUCACCAGUAUGUUGAACCUGGCAUCGAUCCACAACGAUCAAACGCAAUGGGCAGACGCUGAAAAGCUUUUGAAUCGGGUCCUGGAGAUUUCUAGCGAGAUGAAAAUGGGACAAGAUCAUCCUUUUAAGCUGGACACUUUGACUCUUCUGGCGACUGUUUACAGGGAUCAGGGUCGGUGGGUGAAUGCUGCAGACCUGGAGGUUCAGAUACUACAAACUCGCAAAAUACAGCUAGGCGCAGACCAUCCCUUAACGCUAGCCGUGAAGGGCAACCUGGCCUACACAUAUAGAAGACAGGGUCGACUGAAAGAAGCAGAGGAAAUGCAGCUACAGAUCCUUGAAAGCUACAAAACAACGCAAGGAGCAGAGGUAGAACUGCUGACUUUCAAGGCUCACCUGGCUUCAACAUACAGAGCGCAAGGCAGACUGGAUGACGCGGAAAAGCUAGAAGUACAAAUCCUGGACAUAAGUAAGAUGAAGCUAGGGGUUGAUCACUUCGAUACGAUGAACCGGAUGGUCAGCCUGGCUUCGACAUAUUGGAAAGCAAACAAAUUCCAGGAAGCACAAGAGCUGGAUAUCCAGACGUUAGAGCUUCGCAGGGAGAGACUAGGAGAGGAUCACCCUUCAACUUUAGACAGCAAAGCCAAUCUGGCGAUAACCUACCGUGAUCAGGGUCUUUACGACAAGUCCGAAGUACUAGCCAAAGAAGUACUUGAGAUCCAUAAAACGAAAUUUGGACAAGACCACCCUACGACCCUCACUGCUAUGGCCAACCUAGCAUCAACCUAUCGGGCCCAGGGACGCUUGUCAGACGCUGAAAAGCUUGCUGAACACACUUUGCGAACGCACAUCAAAACACUGGGAGAAGAACAUCCAGAUACGUUGAGUAGUAUGAGUAAUCUCGCGAUCACGUACAAGCGACAAAAUCGUGGUCGCGAAGCCGUCGUUUUGAUGGAGAAGUGUUAUAAAACGUCCGAAAGGGUCUUGGGACCAGGAUACUCUGAAUUGCAAGGGUGGAAGGAACUUUUCGAAAGGUGGCAGAAAGAAGACGCAGAAACACAGGAGCAGAAUCUUUAG